AUGAAAUCUGAUAGUUCCCCAAUCCUCUAUCAAAAUUCCAGCUCUACCGUCUUCCUAGUCGACAUUCCUGCGUCCAUUGCACGAGCGCAGGACCUCUUACCACAGCCACAUCCCGACAUUUCUGAUGGAACUAGAUCAACCCCUACUGCAUAUCUACAUAGAAAUAAACACAAAAGUCGACAUCUUCUAUCUACACUUCCAUUGAAACAACCAUACGCUGUCCCAAACGAGCCAAAAUCGAAAUCUGCGCAGGCAAAGAUUCUCGCGCGGAUCCCGCAAUCGGAAAGUGAAUUCCACGAAGCAAUCCGCCCGGUAGUAUUGGAUGCCCUAAGUGAAAUCCGACAAAAUUAUUCACAAGGCUCAGACUGGUGUCUUCCUAGGCAUCUCCUUGGAGGGGCGAAUGGCUUCAAUCCAGGGGCGAAUCCAAAGCAAAAUGAGGACGUGCGCUUCAAACAGCUAGACAAGACUCAAGAGGGGAAUAAUACGAGAGAAAAUCGGAAACUGCCUAAGAGAGGUUAUAAUCAUGCGUUCAACAGAGAGGAGCAAAAUCAUGAGUCCUUGGCUAUACAAGUACUCCCGCGCCUGCGAGGUUCUGGGUUUACGGCAGAUACAUAUGACACUGUCCAGAUUCAGCACCAGCCGCCUCUGAUUCUGUCACCAGGCAAGAAUCGGUUCGAAUAUGGAGAUGAGUUAUGCAACAAGCUGGUGAAGAACACAUCUUCCGAUGCGGCAAUCAUUGAACUACGGAGUCUGUCUACAGUCAAGUCGGGCGAAUGGCUAAGUCCGGAUGCUGAACAUAUUCAGAACCAAGGUCAGGUGUACCUAAUUCCCCCUCUAUCGCGAUUCAUUCUGCGCGAUUUGCCGAUAUCAAAAGAGCUGGAUUAUACGAACUCUUCCCCAAUUCCCGGCCUCGACCCGGAACAAAAGUUCAAUCUCAUUGUCCUUGAUCCACCAUGGGCGAACAGAUCUGUCCGGCGCAGCGGCUACUAUCAGACGCAGACUUACCAUGAUAAUGAAUUGCUUAUGGGCUAUAUAUCAUCUGUACUUGCUGUGCAUUCUUAUUCGCAUCCUUAUCUGCCUCCUCAGAUUGAUGACACAGCAGACUUGAGACAGUACAGAUCCCAGUCCGGCUCCAACCUUUCCACCGCCGCAAUCUGGAUCACAAACUCUGCCAAAUCACGGGCGAUAGCUCACAGUGCCCUUAACGAGUCAGGAUUUUCUGUCUGUGAAGAAUGGAUUUGGAUCAAGACCACCGUCCAAGGGAAGCCUGUUACACCGAUUGAGGGACUCUGGCGUAAGCCGUACGAGGUCCUCGUUAUUGGGAAAAGGGAGCCAGAACCCGCCACCACUUGCAUCAGGAGUACUGGUGCUAAGGCUGUUUUGAGAAGGGUCAUUGCUGCUGUUCCGGAUGUUCAUUCUCGGAAGCCAAAUUUGAAGGCAAUUUUUGAGAAAAUUUUCUUUACAGCCAGCUCUGAGUCUGCAGACAUCGGACUUGACACUGUCACCGGCAUUUCUGACCAAAUCAUAAGAUAUACGGCGCUGGAGGUGUUUGCGAGAAAUCUGACAGCUGGCUGGUGGGCUUGUGGGAAUGAGGUCCUAAAGUUCAAUUCGGAAAGUUGGUGGGUGGAUGAGGAUGGGUGA